AUGGACUUCGAGGUUGAAGUCCCUAUUGAGGUGGUACUGUGGCGGCCGGGUAAGCGUCCGGUCGUCUCCAAGAUCGCUCAGCCAGUCGAAUGGAGUGCAUGUGAUCGGGCUUUCCGAGGGCCCUUCCAGAGUAGAUAUCCCGGUUACUGGGUGCCAGUGCCAUGGGCUUAUGAUGACAAGCCACACCUGUGUCAAUGUGCAUCUCAAGAUGGUCUCAGAAAUAUUAUCCUUGAGACGCAGGUAGGCUCCGCCUUGUCCGGUACGUGCCAUACGGUCCAUGCAAUGGCCAAUGCGCGUACGUGUAGCAUCUUGGCGGACCGUAUGGAUUACCCCUGUCGGCUGUUGGGCCUGCCCGAAGACAAACAAUUGCCCCCCUUGAGGGACGGCGAUAUCAUCCAUUUCCCGCCUGUAACAGCAGCUGCUCAGUCCUCCGCUCCCUUCUGGGCCAUUCUGCUGGGCGGUGGUUUUGUUUCGCGUCACGGAAGGGGAGCAGCAUGGAUCGCAGUCGCUCUUGCAAGUGGGCUUCCUGGGGGGCUCACGCUUCGGGUGAGCAUGCCCCCCCACCGUGAGCAUCAUUUCUGGAGCCCGUUCCAAGGUCGCCUCGGCCCAUACUGUGGCAGCCAGGAAGAUGCGAACCAGGCUGUUCUAAGGUUCGAACAAGGCUGGAAGAAAUGUGUGACUGCCAGCCCAACACCGGAUGACUCUGCAUGUCACUGGUUGCCAAUCUUCCCUCACCCGGCAUUUCAGGUGGUCUUAGCCCUUGGGGCGCCGCACCCCCGGGCGUUAAUCCUGCCAACUAUCCUUACGGGGGCAGCCCUUCUUGACUAUCUACAAGAGUGGUUUGGAUCUGUGCCCAAGGUGCUUACCUCACAGGGGACUAUUGAUCGGGGUUGCCCGCAACUCACCCUUCAAUCAGGGAUGUGCGUGGUUGCCGUACGGGACAGAUGGCUCCCUGCCUCUCAACCCCGCUUCCGCUCCCACUUCCCGUCACUAGCUGCCGCUAAGGAACAAGGCUUCUGGUGUGCUGAUAUUAGCGUCUCUGGGCCUGGUACCAUACUUCUGCUUGACCCGUCCGGACGCACACGUUCACUGCGCUUUAUUAGCCUACAAAGGUGGGACGCCGGCCGAGGGGUCUUGUUGCCCGCCAUGCGUGAAGAGCUCUCCUCAUGGCGCCCUUGUCCCAAGGUGAGGUGGGGUGAGGAUGUCCUGCUCUUGACUCGUGCCGGUCAGUACCGGGACGAGAUGUUCCACAUUUCGGCUUUUGACGCACAACCAGGGAUUGCUGAUGUCAGUAAUUCCGCCUGCAGCCCCGUUCACCACACAGGGCAUUGGUUAGCCUAUGUCUGCCUCAGUGUCCUCCUGCGACACUUUGACCACGCAGGUCGCAUUACGUCUGGUUUGCUAACGGUGCUGGCAUGUUACUUCGCUGCCUGGGGUGCGCCACUUGGGUGGACCAAGAUAGAUGCUUCAGCAUGGGAGUUUGACCUCGCCGAAGUCUGUGAGUUGCAGGCUUCACUUCACCAAGGCUGGUGGAGCCAAGGUCUGGGUGAUGAGUUGCCGGCAAGCCUGCCCGCGGCCUACCAUCACGCGUGGAAUAGCUACACCGCCUGGCAGGGCGGCCCACCCGAACAACUGUUCAUUGCGACAGACGGCAGUGGGGCCCAUCAAGGUUCCUGGGCUUUCAUCGUUUGGGGUUAUUUUAAGGGGUCCUGGCGAAGGUUAGGCUGGGCUGCCGCCACCCUGGAGGCAACGCCGUGGCUGGCGAGUGAGGCCAGGGCCUCCUCGCCUCGUCAGCUAUCGUUCCACGGUGAAUUGGCCGCUCUUCAAAGCGCAGCACAUUGGUGUACUGCGAUGCUUGACUUCUGGACUUUGCAUACGCGCGCGCCUUCCCCGUCGGUCACCCUGGCCGUCGAUAACUCGUCUGCCUUACAAGUUGCUGCUGGGCACGCAGCAGCAAACUGUAUGCCUGCAAAGUUUACCAGGGCGGUUUGGCAAGCGGUGCAGGGCAGGGUGUCCACCCACUUCCGACAUGUUCCCAGUCACGUAGGGCAUCUUGUCAACACUUUGGCAGAUGCACUUGCUACUGCAGCUGCUUGCGGCACGUGUGAUGCUUGGGUUCGUCAUGCUCAUUUCCGAUCCUCGCAGGAGAUCGACCUUGCUCGGCUUGAAUGGCUUUGGUUGGUCCCGAGGGCGCGAUUGCGGGACCAUAGGCCUGUGUUCCGUCUCAAGGUUGGAACAGCGGGGUGGGCCCCCCCAGCGGAAGCCACUCCAAGGCCCUCGAGUGCAAUCACACCCCAGCAGCUAGGUCCUACCGAGGAACUACAUUUUGUCACUGCCAAUAUUCAGACCAUCAAAGACCCUGCCUGCAAUGUCUUCAAUCCGUCGGGUCACGGCAGUCGUCGCCAAUUCUUAUACACACAGCUCCAGCAGAUGAAGGCGGAUGUAGUAUGCCUCCAAGAGACCCGCGCUCCGGCGGGACGCUGGAACACUGGCGGGUGGCUCUCUUGGCGAUCUGGCCACUGCCGUGGACAGUAUGGAUGUGAAAUCUGGCUGAGACCAGAUCAGCUUCAGCCCCCCCUGCAGUUAGCCUCCUGUCGUAUUCUAGUUUCUAGUCCACGACUUCUGGUGGUAACUUGUGUUGACCCGCGCCUCCCACUCACCAUAUGCUCUGCACAUGCGCCACAUGCUGACCGCCCUGUAGCGGAAGCGCAACAAUUCUGGCAUGAGCUACGCCAAGCUAUCCAGCGCGCACCUAGCUCAAGAGCCGUCGUAGUUGGGAUUGAUGCCAAUGGGGACUUCUGUGCACAAGAUGACGGCGCUUCCUCCAUUGGAGCACUCGUUGCUGCUCACCCCGCCACAUCCAAUGAUGAGUUCCUAUUCGAGUUUACUGCGGCUACUGGACUUGAAGCCCCGGCGACUUUUCCAGAGUUCCAGAUUGGACCAGGUUGGUCGUGGGAGCAUACGGGUGGUACUAGGAAGCGCCUAGAUCAUCUCCUCUUUAGUGCCGGCUGGUGGUCCCACGUGCAGGCCAGCCAAGCCUGGGACUUUGACAUAGUCAACUCAGCCCGAGACCAUGUGGCGCUGCGAGUUCGGUCUGUGCUCCAGCGCCCAGGUGCACGUCCAGCCCAGAAGAAGGGGUACCGGUGUCAAGCUGCUGAUGUGGUUGCCAAUGGGCAGCAGUUAUGGAAGCAGAUACCGGCGUCCCAUACCUCUGGCCAGUGCAGUGGGCAAGAUGUCUAUGCUCUGCAGUGUCGGGUUUCACAGUUCGCUCGACUUUCUCGCCACCCUCCGCGUGUCAGGGUCCAGCAGCCCUACAUACAGUCUAGCACUGUGCGCUGGCUACAGCAAUUAAGGGACUGUCGUAGCCACAUCCGUCACUUUCGCCGACUCGAGCGCAACAAUGUCCGUGCUGUCUUUCUUGCCAAAUGGAGCCGUCGGUUGCGACCUGCCACCACGAACAGGCAAGAAUGCCUAAGGGUGGUUCGCGGUUAUCUUGCAGCCUUGCAGCACCAGGAAUGGCAUUUACAGGAUCAGGCCCAUCGUCGUGCUCGCCAGGAUAAGAAUGCUCACUUUCUUGCCCUGACUCAAGCAGCCACACAGCAUUGGCAUAGUGUAGGGCGCCCUCUUGAGGCCAUCACAAAACUAAAAUGGGCGUCUCGCAAAUCGGCUGAGCGCCGAGCAGUUUACGCUGCGGGCGGUUAUGACAUUGAAGCCGACCUUGCCGAGCAGUUCCGGUGCCAAGAAGGCGGACGGAAAGUUGAGCCGGCCCAAGCUCGGCAGCUGACCCUGCAAUGGCUGGCUACUGAUGGCCAGCCCUGCCCUCAGGCCAUGCCCUCCCUAUUGCAAGCCGAGGCAAUUUGCCGACGCCAAACCAAACGCAAGGCCCCUGGUCCGGACGGUGUCCUCAAUGAAAUCUGGAGCUGUCAUCCGGUGCAUGCUGGACUCUGGGUUUGGGGCGUCACCGCUAAGAUUUCACUAACGGGCCGAGAGCCGUUUGGUUUUAAAGAUGCGAUUUACUGUGCUCUGUAUAAAAAAGGCCCGGCUGCGCUUCCGGCCAACUAUAGAGCCAUCGCGCUUCUUAAUGGUGUGGCCAAGCUUUGGCAUGGCCACCUUCGCAAGACUCUCGGCCAAGAGGUGCUGCGAGGGUAUGACGAGGCUCAACUGGGAGGAUGCCCAGGCAUUCCAGUGAGCUUCGCUAUAGCAGCUUAUAGGUCAGCACUUGGCCUCAGUGUGCAACAACAUCGUAGCACAGCAUCGAUGUUUGUUGAUAUUCAGGCAGCUUACUAUGAAGUCAAUAGGGAGCUUAUCUUUCAUGGUGAUCCUGCCUUGGGGGGGGCCGACGUGCCUAUAGAUUCGCCGAGCUUUCAUCUCGCUGCUUUAGUCGAUAGCUUGCGCUCGCGUGGUGCCUUGGAGCUCCUUGGCAUUCAGGACUCAGACCGUGCUUUGCUUUAUGACUGUGUGGCCUUCUCUCGCUGGAGCCUUGCCGGGUCCAGUACUUGUUACAUUGCUACACGCGGAUCGCGACCCGGGGAUGGACUAGCUGAUAUCCUUUUCGGAGCCCUUUUCGCUGUGGCGCUGAGACAUAUACGCAAGGUGUGUACCGCAGAGGGCAUUUGCAUACACGCCGCAGGUAGCUAUAUCGGAUCCACUGAUGCGGUGCUUCCUCUCGGGUGGGCCGAUGACCUUGCCAUUUUAGCCGACUUUGAUUCGCCCAGCCAGCUACAGUGCCAGCUACCUCGUUUGGCAGAGAUUGUCAUCUCUACGUUAGAACUGCUCGGGUUUCGGAUUAAUCUGGGGUCGGGCAAGACUGAGAUUGUCCUUGACAUUCGUGGUCCUGAGGCCAAAGCCGUGCGUGGUGAGUUGCUGACGCCCCCUUCUGUUCUUAAGCUGCGGACCGGUCACAGCAUCCGGUUGGCGCCAGAAUACAGGUACCUAGGAGUGAUCCAGAUGCCAAAAGAUAACGGCAGGAGGGAUAUGGAGCUUUCCAUGCAACGUGGGCACUCUGCCUGGGCACAAGCGAAAAGUCUCUUCGCCUGUCCCUCACUACCGUGGCGUCUGAAACAGGCCUGGAUGGCCGGCAGGGUGCUCCCAGCGGCCUAUGCAACCAUCGGGACCUCAGUUGCCGUUUCGGAUCGUGCUUGGGCACCGCUGGGAGGAUUCUUUGAACGUGCGGCGCGCCAGAUUGUGGGAUCUUGGCGCUUUGGCCAUGUUCUCUCGAAGCCCCUUCUUGUCCUUUUGCUGGGCCUCCCUGUCCCUGAGGAUGCAUGUGCCAUCGCUAGGACCAGGCUGGUCCUCCAGCUCCUCAACCGCGCUCCCAGGCGAUUGAGGGACUUGUUUGAGGCCGCUUGGGAUCGUAAUAUUCCGUGGUGUGAACUGUUGCUCUCAGCUUGUUACCAAGUUUCGCGACAGUUGCCCCCUGCCAUCCGGCCUCAGGCUAUUACACGGUCGGCGCUUCAGCAGCACACUGCUGAGCUCCACAAGGCUUGCCAACAUCUGAGCCGAUACGGGUCAGCUUAUAAAGCCCUGGUCGACUUGUGGGAGGACGUUGUCCGCCCUCGGGAGGUCCAGGUCUUGGGGGCACGGGUCCCACAGACCUGUGGAUUAUGCAGGGCGGUUUUGCCCAGUGUGCAGGCUUUGGCAGCUCACAUCCAUCGCAAACACUCGGUUGUCAACUGUCUUACUCGUUAUACGAACGGGACUGUUUGCCUUUGGUGCCAUUGUGAGCAGUUUUCUACCGACAGACUCAAGUACCAUCUCAAAACACAUCCUGGUUGCCUCCAUGGCUUGCGGGUCCUAGUCGGGCCAGCUUAUGUGUAUGGCACUGGGUCGAAACGGCGCGGACCAGGUGGUCACAGGGGACUGCCAGCGUAUCGACUGCCAGGACCGGUCAAUGCCACCCCUGCCCAACGUCGUGCUGCAGAGAAUGGCCGUCUGUGCUCUGAAGCUGACUUAGCCCAGGAAAGGCUACAGGCUCUUGGCACCCCCGAUCUCUUUGAUUGGCCUACAGCCGCGAUUGCUUUGCCGGAGGGACCCAGAGCACCUCCUGCGUUACCAACACCGGAUGAUGAGGCUCUUGCGGCCGGAAGUCCUACACCUAGUCCUUCUGGUUUUGCGGCCCCUCGCUGGAUCUCGAUUGGCCAUGAUCCAGGUGAUUCGAGGGGAUGUGCCUCGUGUCAGAACGCUGCUCCUACCAUGCCCUCUCCUUUUUGGCCUGGUCUUCUCCGGCAGCGUGUUGUCUGGUACCUGCCUGCCGACUGGAGUAGGUACUGGAAGUUGUGGUCCACCGUACAUGCUGGUGCUCCUUGGGACUUUGAGAGCAAGGGCGGCUUUCACUAUCUACGGGCUGCACUAGAUCAACAUGUGCCGGAGGAUAUACGUACGCCACCGAGUGCUCUUAUUCAGCUCUUGGAAGCCACGGUCUCCUUCCGACUCAUUCUCCAGCAUGUCAAGGCUGGGGCAGGUCUGGUUUUUCCGAGUGCGCUCCCCUCGAUAGCAUGGACUCUUUGGCGAGCCCUGCUCCCGGAUGCCAAGAUGUGGUCUAUUGCGACGCCUGAGAUCCUCAGCUCCCCCUUCCUCUGCAUCGAUGCCCAAGAGCUUCCUUCGCUCGUCCGGUCCUGGAAGCGGAAAGCCGACGACAGUUUGGAGCCCAUUCUCGACAGCGCCCUGGCAGAGGCCGUGAAGAAGAGGCCCGCCCAGUACGCGGCGUGCGUUCUGCGGGCAUUGGGCGAGAUGUACGACGGCACCGUGAAGGAGAGCCCCUUCUUGGGAUACUGGGUGAAUGUGAUCCCUUCGGAUCCCGCGGCUGUGAAAGGUGGCCGGUGGAGCAAAGAGCUGAAGGGUUUGGACAUGUUGGCCGACAUUGCGAGGAACUGCGGCUUCGCAAGCCUUCGAAAGGGAUACAUGACCUGGAUGCUGCCCCACUACUCCGUCUAUGUCCUUGGCAUUGAGGAUCCGUGCUGCGGCUUUGCGGCCGGGGCCGUGGUUCAUGUCUACUGUUCACAGGAUGGCCUUCAGUGGCACAAGUCCCUGACUGUGGGCUCGUCGGAACUUCAAGCUGCGCAGAAUCCGCAUGUCCGGAAGUUUUCCCAGCCCCCUCAGCCUGCAAAGUGGUUUAAAGUCCAGGUCUCCAGCGGUGAGAUCAUUCCCAGAUUGAAGAUUCGAGGCAUCCUGCGUCGGGACUGA